AUGGACUGGUGCUACCAGACACAAGUGAGCUGUGAAUCCCACUGUAAAGGACCAGACCGAUGGAUUGAAGUCAAUGCAGACUGUGGGAAGAACAGACAGUCACCAAUCAACAUAGUGACGAAGAAAACCAAGCUGGACGAGCGGCUGACGCCUUUCAAAUUCACCGGCUACCAGACCGUAUUCGACAGCACCAUGAAGAACAACGGCCACUCGGUUCAGGUCAGUAUACCCAUCACAGCCACAGUGUCUGGAGGAAACCUGGGAGAAACAUACAAGGCCGUGCAGUUUCACCUCCACUGGGGCACCAACGGAGGUCCUGGAUCUGAACACACCGUCGAUGGAGAGCAGUAUCCUAUGGAGGUGCGAACAACACCAUAUCUGCGGGGUUUUUCCACCCUGAAGUUCCACGAUGGGAAACCAAUGGUGGGAACGUUCAGACCCGUUCAGCCGCGUAACGGACGCGUGGUUUACCGGUCCAGCGGCGCAGCGGUCGCCGCCAGCGCCGUCCUGAUUCUGGCCUGCAUCAGCGCAGCGCUCGGCCUGUCCCGUCCGCACUAGAGCGAGACCGAGACCGACCCGUUACCGGCACACAAUCAACACAAUGAGUUCUCAGCCAAUCAACGGAGCAACAGAAGAAAACCACACACAAGCCGUUUCUACAGGAUACUAGAGUAGUUAGUGUAGAAAUUUGACCACAGCAGUCGACUGCAUGACAAGUAGAUGUGAGUUCAUAGCUAUCAAAAGGAGCUGGACUAAAGCCACUCGGACUUUCUGUGAAGGUCUGACGGGUAAUAAAUGCAUGACCUUUAUCUGAUAUAGACAUCUGCCAAAACACACACACACACACACAGGCUAUAUUUACGAAGGCUUUGACGUGCUGGAGAUGUGCAUUAUUUACACACACAGCGAUGAUCAGUACUCUGCUGGUGAAAGGUCACAGAGGUCAAGGGUGAAAGGUCACAGAGCCGUGAGAAUAGAUCAGAGAGAAACCCAGCUAUAGCAAACACACACAUACAUUUACAUUAAUUCUGUUGACGCUUUCAUAGUGUGUUUCACAGUUGAGUUUAAAAGUAACAAACUCGCUUCAAAUGAACGCAAAAAAUUAACGCACUUAAUCAAGAAUUGAGAAAUUAAUUUUAUGUGUAUAUACUGUAUAUGCAUAUAUAUAUACACACACACA